AUGCAUGAGGGAAUUCGCUCAGUUUCUGACGGAACUACCGGACAUGCUCUCUGGGUCGACUCCAGCGACUUUCCCCGAGUCUCGUUGACCUACCAAGAUCUCGACAGCUUAGUGAAAUCAGCCAUGGGAAACGAAAUAGAGGACAUAUAUCCUAUCUUGCCCAUCCAAUCUCUGAUGCUCACCGAGCAAGCCUUUCAUCCGAUGCUCUAUGCCCCGAGGUUGGCAUUCCGGGUCAAGAGUCGCGCACGCACUAUAUGCCAUGCGGAUAUAAGUAGGGCAUGGAGUGAGGUCGUGAAAUGCCACUCUACCCUACGGACUAUCUUCGUGAACGAUACGACUGGCCGCGUGAAAUAUCAGGUGGUGUUCACAGAGCUGGAAUCCAGAAUUCUUCAUGUCGAAGGAAAUGAGGAGGUAGCUCCAAUACGUCCACGCCCUAUUGCAUGGUCGCCGGACAAAGCGACCCACCAACUUACGAUCUACAGCCAGAGUGGUGGAGAUCUACUGUUGUUGCUGGAGAUCACUCAUGCGUUGGUAGAUGUGGCAACGGUGAAAAUUUUACUUGAAGAUCUUGUGAAGGGUAUAGAAGGCGGGUUCAUGGAAAAUACUUCCCCGGGAGUUGGUUAUGGUGACUUGAUUGACCAUGUUUUUGCUUCACAAGUUGUGGCUAGCUCAACGGCGUUUUGGAGAGACAACUUUCCAACGGGCCCAGAUGCCCUGGUGGUUUCAGGACCUUCAACUAGUCAGCGACAUGGUGAGCUCCGUACCUGUGUGGUUCCCAUCGGUGACACUAUCGUUUCUAUGCGUGAGGCCCUUCAGAGCCGAGAGAUUUCCUUGCCCAGUGUUUUUCGCCUUGCUUGGGCGCGGGUCAUUCAACGUCAUCUGGGUGUUGAUGAUGUUACGUUUGGUUUGGUUUUGUUCUGA